AUGCACCUCGAUGACCCUGACCUGCUCCACAACAUCAACCGUGUGAUUCGCGAAAUGGGAUUAGUCGGCAAAGCGGUUACAUUUCGGAUGGACCAAGAAGCGGCUCUUGGAGCCCUUGCCGAGAAACUCACCAAGUGCGAUAGCAGCCCUGCCAGCGCAACAUUGAUUGACGUGGUUCCGGGGUAUCGGCCCCAGUCGAAGGGAUCGAUUGAGCGGCAGGUUGAAACUAUGAAGCAGGGUUUCUGGUCUGUUUGGUUGGACCUGGAGAAAGAGGUUGCUAAGGUGAAGCAGGAAACGGAAGUCAGUAAGUCCAAGGCGCACCAUGAUAAGUUCAGGGGCGCCCGGACCGUGAAAGCGGUUUAUCUGGGACCGGUGCACGCCAAAGGUGGCGGCAUCUUUGCCAACCAGGAGGUUGUGAACGAUGAGGGGGAUAUGGAAAUAGACCGGCUCACGAAUCACUAUCUUGAGUCCCUGUUUCGAGGGCCUGACCUGCGAGCCACCUCCACUGCAGUUGCAAAGUCGUUUGAUUUGAAGUUUGGGGGUACGAAGAUAAGGUGUGCUGUUCCCCAGAACGCUGUGUCUGAGACUUCGGGAGAGAAGCUAGAACCCGAUCUCCUUUACGCAUCAAUGAAGCUUGAGUUGGAAGAGUUGGAAUCCUUCAAGGUUGGGGAAGUGAUCCCUGAGCGCGAAGCUCGCCGUCUUGCUAAGGAAAACGGCAGGCGAGUUUUGACUAGCAGGUGGGUCAACACGGUCAAGAAGAAGGGACUGUAUAGAUCUAGGCUAGUCGUGCGGGAUUAUGCCUCUAUGGGAGGCACCACCUUGAGUGAGGGAAUCUACUCUCCUACUACUUCAUUGGAGGGUCUGAGAUUGCUUCUGUCAAUGCUCUGCCGACGUGGCAGUGUGUUGUCCUGCGAUGUCUCGGUAGCGUUCAUGCAUGCUCCCGUAGCGAGGGCAGAAUUCGUAGAGUUGCCGAAUAAUGUGAGCACCCAGGGGACUGGGGAACGAGUUUUCGUCAAAUUGCGUAAAGCGAUGAACGGAUUGCGCUCUGCUCCAUUAUCUUGGUAUUGCGAGUUGGCUGAAUACUUGCGCUCUCAGAACUUCGAAGCAAGUUUGGACCCCACUAUAUUCCGUCGUCUUACGAGGAAGGGUUUGACGAUUGUGUUGUUUUAUGUGGAUGACUUGCUGAUCUAUAGUGAAGAUGAAGCUGAGGGGCGCCGGUUCUACGAGGAGUUGCGUAAAAGAUACAAACUGAAACUUACGGGCGAGUUGAUUCAAGAUUGCCCCGGGGAAGUCUCGUUUCUCGGUCGGCGGAUCUUUCGCCGUAAGAAAGGGGAACGUACGGUGUAUUUCGGGCUAGACGAACAGUACCUGAGUUCCUGUUGCGAGGAGUACGGAAUCACCAAACCUGCACCAAAGCUCCCUUCCCUUGAACGCCGCUAUGCUGAGUUGCUGAAGAAAGGACAGACUGAGCUGAUCAGUCCAGCUGCUCACGAAAGGUACAGAAGGACUCUGGGCCGUUUGGCCUGGGCGGCUCUGUCACGACCAGACCUGCAGUUUGUGUGUGGGUUUCUGGGCCGCCACCAAGCAGCUCCUGACGAGGCUGCCGAGACCUGUAUGAGGGAUGUCCUUCGUUGGGUCAAGGGUCUUCCGCACAAGGUCCAGAGGUUUCCGAGCAAAAGGGAGAUCUUGGAAGAUGAUGCGGACCCUGCCUCUGUUGCUCGUGAAGGGUUGUACAUUGCUUUGCUUGUGGAGACCAUCCGCGAGGGUAUGCCGAAAGACAGGGAAACCGGUUAUUAUGUUCUUAAGGGAUAUUCUGAUUCCGAAUCGGCGGUUUGUAUAUCGAAGAUGCAGACCCUCCUGAGGAAAGUGAGGCACAUCGAACUGCGUGCCGCAUUCCUUCAGGAGCUGGUGGCCAGGGGUCGUUUUACCAUAGAACACAUACCGGGAGUGAUAAACCCUGCGGACGCCCUCACGAAGAGCCCCACCAACGAAAGUUUGUCUAGCUUGUACGAUGCCUCUGGCCUUGUAGAUGAACCGAAGGCCUGGGAGAGUGAGCCUACUGAGGUGCACGUGUCUUUUGAAGAGCCCAAUGAAAACGAACGUUUUACUCCGUCUGUUCCGCCUUCCUGGAAAGCCGCUGCUUUGAAGCUAGCUCGUGGUGAAGCUAAGUACGUAGUGGUUGAACUUUGUUGUGAAGAAGGAAGCGCGUUGUCCAAAGCCUGCUCGAAGGUCCCCGAGAUCGCCUACUUUGGGGUGACUAAGGAAGUUGAUCUUCUGAGCUAUAAUGGCUUGUGUCUUCUGAGAGAGGUUUUCGGAGUCGUAGCUGAGGGUGAGGUUAAGGUAUAUGCUCACUUGUCUACUCCGUGCUCUGCUGGGUGUGGUUUAAGGCACCUGAGGUUUAAGAAGGGAGGAAAGGCCCUGGAGAAGUGGAGAGCGGCUCUGGCCGUUCACAAGAGGUCCUGGAAAAGGAUCGAGAAGCUGUUGGAGCCUUACGUGGGCUCCCCGAACCUUCUGCUUUCUCACGAGUGGCCUGAGAGGUCAGGACUGUGGGAUGAGACUGUGUUUAAGAGGGUUUCUAAGAAGCUUCGUUUGGACCAGGGUUGCCUUGUGGAUCGUUGUUGCUUUGAAAAGGGUGAUCAACGACCUUGGAAAAGAUGGUGGUUUGUGUCUAACCGCACAGAGUUUGUGUGGGGACUUUCGUCUCAGUGCUCUGAGGGACACGGUCACUACUACCUUCCUCUUCCUGAGUCAGGUGUGUAUCCAGAGGGCUUAGGAUUCGCUCUCUUGAAGAACGCGAAGAAGACUUUUGAGGAGAAUGAGGUCGAUCCUCCUCUUGCCGAGUGCACUUCUAGAGCUUGGAAGUGGGCACCACUCCUUGCUUGUUUCCUGCAGCCACUACUUCUGGUAGUGGUUUCCACACCAGCUUGCAGCCAUGCCGCGCACUCCCAAGUGGAUCCCGACGGUCGCACCAAAGGCAAGGGAAAAGGAGAGGGAAAGGGUUCAAAGAACCCUCCAGGUGGCAAAGUCGGCGCGGUACUCGCGGGUCUUUGGAAAGACCUACCAGAGGCUGCCCAGAAAGCCUUUCAGGAGGUCGGGUACAGCCCACCUCGGCCGAAAGGGCCACCGCCACCCCCGCCAGGACUGGACCUCCAGUCCCUCCUUAAGGGUAGGAUGACCGAGAAGGAGUACAACGCUGCCAGGGCCGUGGUCUAUGCAGGGGCAGGGCUCCACGUCCAGACCCUGCUGGAGGCCGCGGGAAUCCCCCCUCCACCUGACGAGGACCUUGACCGGCCAGAACCCACGCCCCAAGAGAAGCUGACCAGGUGUGUCAGCGACUUCAAGAAGGCCACCAACCAGAUGAAGAAUCUGGUGGAGAAGAAGGCCAAGCUCCAGGCACGAGCGGACAAGCUCAAGCAGGAGCUGGAAAAGCUCAUUGGGGACGUGGACCAGGUCGACAAGGACAUCAAGGCCAAGGACGUCGAGAUCCAGGAGACGGCCAAGGCUUUCAAAGAGAUGACGGCGGACUCCACCAGCACCGCCUUCAGCGCCCUGGAGGCGGUCCUUUCGGAGGCAGGCCACGAGCUCAAUGAAGCCACCCGCGCUAAGAUGAAGGCAGCCUUGGUCGGGAAGGAGGACCUCCCCCCGGACCCCUUCAUCGUGAGUUUCAGAGGGCAUGACGAGUAUUUCCCUCGGGAGAUGCCCCCCAUGUACGGGCCUGCCCGCACCGAUCCGCAUGGGAAGCGCCCCACACCUCUGGAAGGGACGAAGCCAGAGGGAGCUGCAGGCAGCGACAACCCCGAAUAG